AUGACAGUGCGGAUCCACGAGGCCGACGGCACGCCGUACGAGCAUGUGCUUGACAUCAAGAACGAGCACCAGCGGUAUGACGUGCCGUUCAAUACCAAAUACAAGCGUGUACGGCGUAAUACCAAGCGAUUCCAGGCUCGGCAGGCAGCGGCCGCUGCGGCCGCUGCAGGCGAUGAGGAUGCUGCUGAGGCAAUCGGCAUGAUCGAUCUGGGAUUUGGACUCGGAAUGUGGGAGGAUGAGGACGAGCGGAAGCGCUGGCGCGUCGCUGAUUGGACGGAAGAAGAUGAGGCCAUCAUGGCGUCGGCGCCGUAUGAAUGGAUCCGCCUUGAUGCAGACUUUGAAUGGAUGGCCCAGAUUCAGUUUGAACAGCCGGACUACAUGUGGGUCUCGCAGCUGCAGCGAGACCGAGACGUGGUGGCACAGCUCGCCGCAGUACAUGCUCUGAGCCAGAUGCCCAGUCUCAUAACAAGCAGCACGCUCACACGAACGGUACUUGUCACAAAGUACUUUUACCGCAUUCGCGCCGAAGCUGCCUACGGCCUCGCCAAUUGUGCACUGCCGCAUCUCGACCUGCUCGGUCUGUUCCAUUUGUUCAUGCUCUUCCGCACCAGCUACUGCCUCGAUGUGCCGCACGAAGGCGACUCGACCUCAUUGGAAGCACCGUGUAUUCCGAAACCGAACGACUUUUCCGACAUGGCCGACUACUUCGUUCGCCGUGCCCUCAUCCAUGCGAUUGCGCGGGUGCGAGACCACCGGGGGCGUGCUUUGGUGAUUGUACAACGGUUCUUGAUCUACCUGCUCCGAUACAACGACAACUCGACGAACCGAUUCGUCGAUGACUAUUAUCUUGCGAGCAUCAUCAAUGCCCUUGCAGGCACACUGAUCCCUAUCGACAGUGCUGGCUACUCGACGCAUGCAGAUGAGACGUAUUCACCAGAGGAGAUGGAGCUGCGUGCUGUGGCCAUACAAGAAGUCGAGCGUCUGCAGGUGCUAGAUCGCCUGGUGCCAUCGUACCACAACGUCGUAACGAUCGCAGCGCUCGAUUUUCACCAAGCGUUGGUGUUUGCAAACUUGCGUCCUUUGGAGCUUGUGCACUUUCUCGAGUACACGCGCGAAGGCAACUUCCCGCCCGUGCGUAUGGCUGCAUUGAAUGCUUUGCUGCUGUUGCGAGGACUUCAGCACAAGGUGUUGACACGGUACUACUUUGCCAUCUUGGCUUCGGACGAGGAUCACGUCAUUCGAAUGCAUCUCGCUCGUAGUUUGUGUGAUGCGCUAGCCGUUGCGAUUGCGACAGGUGAGCUUGGCAUCACACGGCAACGGCACGAGAUGCUACAGGAAGGCGAUCCUCUUGGGAAUGUGGCUGAGCAAGAAGCCUUGCUCGCCGAUGAAGCGGCACAGAACGAGCAGAUGAUCAAAGUUUUACGUCGCGAAAUCGGCCGCUCUGCCUCAGUCCGAGAUGGCUUUCUCGCGGCUUUCCGUGCGAGUAAAGACCAAGCGGUUGCGCGAUGGGCACUCAUGCGGCUGGCCGAGCUCUUGUUCAAGCCGGUCGAAGAUACCAAGGUGCCCACGGAACAGACAACAGUAUCAGUGCCUGCUGGUGAACAGACAGGUGCAAUGCGCAUCCGCCUCAUGAUCAAGAAUGCGCCCCAGCAAGAAAAGCGAUCGACAUCGCAUCCCCUUCGUGUGGUGCUCCCUAAAACUGCGAAGCCAAAGAAGCCCAAGGCGCCUGAGCCUGGUCAGGCAUUGGGCAUGUCGUCAUCAGAUUUUAGCGCCUGCCGCAUGUGCAUCCAGAAACUCAUGGCCAAUAAGCACUGCGAGCCUUUCACGCGACCGGUGGAUCCAGUACGCGACGAAGCCCCAGACUACUUUGACGUAAUCAAAGAGCCUAUGGAUCUAAGCUCCGUGUCAAACAAGUUGCAGUCGGGCCAGUACAAAGACCGCUUCCAAUUCAAAGAUGAUGUCGACUUAAUUUUCCAGAAUGCCAAGACAUAUACGCCAGACCCGAAAGCCUGGAUCCAUUACGAGGCAUCUCGCUCGGAGUCGGCGUUCCGCCAGCUGUGGAACCGCAUCGGCAAAGCGCUGGAACAAGCCGCAGCUCGUGCCGAAAAACAUUCCACCGACGACGUGGACGAAGCUUCUGCACCAAAACAACCACCAUCAGCAGCAGCAGCAGCAGGAAUCCUUCCUACGUCUGUCUGUACUACUGCGCCUAACGGUAGUACUACAUCCGACACUUCUGAUCCCGUGUCUUCAGCACCUCCACCGAAGAAAAUUACCAUCAAGUUGAAUGUCGGUAAGGGCGAGAAAAGAACAGCUAGUGAAGCGCCACCUCGGCCUACACUGAAAGUCAAGCGACCACGUUCUGAGGCUUCAUCGCCGCCGCCUCGACCACCACCGGCAGCAGCAGCAGCAGCAGCAACAGCAGCGCCAGGUGAGCUCGAAUCAUCUGCAAGCAUAAAACAGUCAUCCGCCGGUGUCAAAUCCUCCACCAGUGCCAAGCCGUCGUCGAACACCUCAAAGUCAUCAGCCAAAUCCAAGUCACAAAACACCACUAAACCGUCUGCCAUAGCCCCAUCUGCGCUUGAACCCAAGCAAGAACCGAUGGCGGAAACCAUUGAUCCCGACAAGGCCAAGUCCGCGAGUGAAGACCCGGUAUUGCCAGGAGAACAAGAGACGCCACUUCACAUGAAAAAGGUCCGCUCCGUAUUGCAAGCUAUUUACAGAACCAAAGAAGCAGCGAUCUUCUACUACCCCAUUGAUCCUGUGCGCGACAACGCUCCUACGUACUACGAAGAAAUCAAGCACCCGAUGGAUCUGAGCAAGAUCGAUCGAAAGCUCAAGGCCGGCGAGUACAAGACGAUGGGUGACUUUGCUGCGGACAUGCGCCUUAUGUUCGCCAACUGCCGGCAAUUUAAUCCGCCGGGCACAGAGCCGGCCAUCAUGGAGCAAGCUGUGUCGCGUGUAUGGCGGCGGGAAUGGAGCCGCGCCAUGGUCCGUAAGCUCGAGUACUCUCACAAGCGAUCGCUGCAGAGCAUGAUGGGCCGACUUAAACAGCAUCCGACAGGUGGCCUCUUUUUGUAUGCUGUGGAUCCUGUGGCUCUUGGUAUACCGACGUAUUUUGAUGUGAUCCCCCAGGAAAACGCGCGUGACUUGACGCUGAUCAGCGACAAGCUUCGCUCCGAUCGAUACGAUAGCAUUGACGCACUCGAUGCUGAUAUCCAGUUGAUGCUUUCUAAUUGCUUCACAUUCAAUGCAGGUAACGAAGUCGUAUGCGACAUUGCUCGGGCAUUUGAAAAGGUAUACCAACAGGAGUUGCGCGCCUUGCGUAAAGCCUAUUCAUAA